UUUCGCAUGUUUCACGCUCAUUUCAAAAAAAACUGAAUGAGUAUUUUUUGAAUAACUUUUGAUAGAAACAAGAUAGAGAGCUGCGGUUUUCACCAUUGGAAAGAGCUGAUAAAGAUGCAUCGAAUGGCACAUUAUAAAGUUUUCGGACCUGCAUGUUAUAUGGUUUUCAAUUGAUCUUUUUAAGAACAACUCUAUCCCGUAAGAUGUUUACAGUGAAGUGUCAAUAAUCAGGUGCGCAUUCAAACUACUAAUUGAAGAACCACAAACUGUGGAAGGCUGAGAUGAAUAAUACAUAUUCUAGUUGAGCCUUUACUACGAUUUUCUUGCAAUUUCCGUGAGAAAUGCUCACUUUUAUGCUUUUUCCUUCAUAAAAAAAAAACAUUUUCCCGAUAGUUAGAAAAUUGAAUACAAAUACUUCAGAAACCAAUAUUACAAAAACUUAUAAUACACGAUUCGAUGCAUCUUCAUCUGCUCUUUCUAACGGUGAAAAGCGCAGUUCUCUAUCGUGUUUCUAUCAAAAAUUAUUCGAAAAAUACUCACUAGCAUUGCUAUAACCGUGAAACAUGCGAAAAAAACAGCUCUUAGAGGAAUUUCGUUAUUAUAACUUUAGUUGAAAUAUGAUUAAAUAGCAUAGAAAAAUAGAACAUUCUUUUCUCUAUCAGACUAUAUAGAGAGAAAUUUCUUAAAGCUUAUUAUACGGUAUUAAAGUGUCAAAAUCACUACUCUUGGUAUGCCCUAAGUACGUUAAAAGAAUUUAUCUUCUACUCUAGUUUGGACAGUAUCAUAAUAAACAAUGAUUUUAUCAAGUCUUUAGCAGAUAGUUGUUGUUUUCAUUUAUUAAAAUUUCUUAAUGAUUGUUGUUAUUUCUUUCUUUUUUUCAGGUGAUCAUUACAAUGACUAUGAUGAUUCAGACAGUAACAAUCGAAGUAGUUCAAAAACAAGUAAUGGUAAUAGUGGAAAACGUCAUAAAGAUUUUGUCGAAUUAGAUGGUCGUUGGCGAUCAACGAAUCCUGGAAUUAUUGAAGAUUGUGUACAUAAAGUGGAAGAUGUAGCACAAAAAGUUAAAGAAUUAGUUUUAGAACAACGACGACCAUCACACGAUCAUGAACCUGACUUCAGUGAUGAUGACGAUCAUUCAUCCCGCCGCCGACAUACAGAAUUUACCGACUCUCCACAGAUACAACGAAAAGAUAAUAUUGACAAUAAUUACACAGACAAAAAAUCAAAGGAUAGUGAUUUUGAAUCAAGUGAAAAGCAGCAGCAACGGCGAACAACAGUGAAGUCAAAUGAACAAUCGGUCCCAGUUAAAGAAAUAAAACAACCUGCAAAAACAGCUAUAUCUCCUCCCGUCCAAUUACCAAAACCUGUCGUUGCCACUCCUCAAAUUGAUUUAUUAUCGUCUGAUGAUUUCGCUCCAUUCCAAGCAGCUCCCGUCACUCAAGAUGCAGACGACGAUUUUGGGCAUUUUCAUGAAGCAACCGUCACACAAUCUGUGCAACAAUCUCCACUAUUUUUUACUAAUCCGAAUCCAACAACAACAACCACAACUACCCCUGUUAGUCCCACAUCGUUAUCGCUUGAUCCAUUUGAUUCGUUAUUACCUUCUCCAUCGUCUACAAUCAACAAUUCGUCUACUGCUGGCCCAGUUCUAAAACCUAUACCAGCAUCUGCUGCUACCGCCACCACUCAAAAUAACCAAAAUGAUUUUGAUUUUUUUAUGUCAACAUCGUCUCAACCACAAAUUUUCGGUCAACCAUCAUCGCAACAAUUUAACGCUUUUCAACCGCAAAUGACAACGUCCACAUCAUAUCAAUCUAUCCCAAAAACACAUGGUGGAAUAAUGCCAAGUAACAAUAGUUUCGAUAACAUGUGGAGUGAUUUGAGUGGUAAAAUAGAUAUCAGUUUAAACACAUUAUCACCGCAUAGUCGCGGUGGCAAACAACAAAAUUCUCUUCCAAUGAAUCAAUUAACUAACAAUGGUUUUCAAAGUCCCACCAGUCCAACAAGUGGAUUUUCUCCAAUUAAUAGUCAAUUAUUUCAACGUCCAAACACAUCAACAACUCAAAAUAUGAGGGGUCUUCGUCCAGCACUACUGAAGUAG